AUGACUUUUCAAAAUAUUAAUAUAGAAGAGGAACUUGAAGAUCCACAAAUUAAAGAUUGGAGUUGGUUGUGGACUGAUUACAAAUACAGAUGGAAUCCUACUUUAAGAACAGGUGCUGAAUUCAACAGGCACCUCAUCAGCACCUAUGGUGCAUCAUUCAUACAUUGUCUCAAUGAAGCGUCUUCAAAGAGUUUAGAGAAACUAUUUAAGAUUAAUCUGAAAUCGACUAUCGAGAAAAAACUUGAACGUAAUUCCCAUCCGAUUGGACUUGUUAUGGGAGCACCGGGUAUCGGAAAAACUCAAUUUCUUUUAGAAUGUGUUGACCAUAUCCAGUAUAAUGAUCUGGAGCUCUUGGAAAACUAUUUAGUUGACCUUUUAUUGCAUGCUAUUUUUGCAGAUCCAGUACGUAGGUUUGAUAAUUUUGUUGCUGAUUUAACUGGUGCUGGUUCGAAUAAUGUCCAUAUGACACUUGAAAAGGCAAUCAAAAUAGCAUGUAAAGGUUUGGGUGUCCUGGAUACAGAUAACUGGCUUAUAGUAGUAGCCAUUGACGAAUUCGAUCAAAUCUUAGAUAGAUUUGAGGGUGACACUGGCCGCAAAUUUCUAUCUGAGUUAAUUAAAGUUCUUGGUGUGGUUGUAUGUCAACCACCUACACAAACCACCGUGAUAGGAUUACUGGCAGGAACAAUGGCAACGACUAUGAAUGCUAUAUUCUGUGAAUCAUAUCAUGAGACGAUGUCCGUGCGUCUUUUUCCACUCAACAGAAUUGAGAGAAGAAAGAUUUUGUCAUCGUUGGAUAAAUUUCCACAAAAUUGGGAGACAUGUCAAAAGUUCAGGGAUUCUUUAGCUGAUGUUGGAGGUCUUCCUCGGCUGUUUGAAAAAUUUCUUAUGGAUUGUCAAAAAUAUAUUGAUGAUGGAAUUCAAAUCGAAGAUUGGCCCUACGAAGAAAUUAUCAUACCCGAGGUUAAGUCUUAUGCCCGCACAAAAUACCUUGCCGGGGCUGUGCCAUAUGCUGAAAAACUUAUUGAAGAUACCAUUCUCCAAACCCCUGUUUUCCGUGAAAGUAUAAUAGAUCCAACAGAAAAGUUACCUGCUACAUAUGGCGAUCUCGAAUCUCGUGCUGAUAUUCUUCUCGUUGAACAAAAUGAUAAGACAUGUAUAGUUACUUUGCCAUUUCUUCUUCUUCAAUGGCUAGUUAUAGUUAAGGGAGGUCUUUCUAAUCCAGCGACAAACUUACUCAGAGACAUUCUUGAUCCCGAUAGGGAACAUAAUACAUGGCGAGAAUUUGAAGUAUUAGUUGCCAUGUUUAACGCUAUAAAAAUAAUGUUCUUUUAUCAGCGUGAGACACGAAAAAGAUCAAAUGGUGAUCCUAUAUUCUUAAGUCUAGAAAAAAUUUUUGGUACAAAAGCUCCUCCAUAUAAUAUUAUACUAUCUCAGAAUGUUAAUGUCUGUAGAUCUCGUGAGCAGUUUCCACCGAAAAAAAAAAUCGCUGGCAUCAGGACAAGAGAACAUAUAAAAUGGGAAGAAGAUGGUACUAUAGUUUUAAAUAGUAUACCGGCACACUUUGUAGAUAUUUUCACGGUUAGAAAAACAUAUGAUACUUCUCUUGUUAGUAAUGGUCAUAAUUAUUUGAUGAUAUGCGAACAGUGUAAACAAGAUUUCAUAGAUACGAAACUAACAAAAAAAAGGAUUGAAAAUGAGAUCUCAAAAAUAUACGAAGCUAUCAAAAAGCAUGUUCCCAAGUACAAAGAAUGUUGGGUGCUCGUAAUUUAUAGCACACAAAAAAUAGAAGAAAAAAUUGAUGACGAAAGAUGUAUAGUUCUUGACAGCAUAGGAAUGGAACGCCAUUUUGGUUCAGCUUUGGCGGAAAGAGUCUUUUCUAUGCUAGAAAAUCAAAAAAUUAAUGCCAACAAUUCUGAAGUUGAUGAAUCCUAUGGAAUUGGAACUUCAAAUAAUAUGGUUAAAGAACAACGAAAUAGUCUAACCAAUAUUCACGGGUGGAAUGAUUUAAAACGUCGCAUUAGUAAAAUUCCCAAAAAUUUGAAAGAUCGUUUCGAAUCGUAG